AUGAGUUAUGCGUACGAGGAUUUUGACAGGUUCAAGAACUGUUGUGACGUUAAGAGUGAGAAGCAGAAUGAGGAGGAGGAGCACGUCCAGCACGUGUUGGGGCCGAGCAGGCGGUGCCUGGCGUGGGCCUGCAAGGCCUGCAAGCGGAAAACCGCGGCCGUUGACAGGAGGAAAGCGGCCACGAUGAGGGAGAGGCGACGGCUUAGAAAAGUAAAUGCAGCUUUUGAAGAGCUAAGAAUACGUGCUAGAGCUGGUAGUGGGAGACUCCCUAAGUUGGAAAUCUUAAGAGCAGCAAUUCAGCACAUAGAGAGACUACAGGCUGCUCUGCGAGCUGCCGCUGUGUUAGAAUCAGACGCUUGCAAGAGUUACGUGGAACCAGUCAACUCACGCGCAGAUACAAAGGACACUAAAAGUGACAGAGAAAAGCCGUUUUUACACGGUGAACCGUCUUGCGGUCUUAACAGUUUAGCGAGACUAAGAUGUAUAGUACAAGCUUUAGCCAAAGACAAUGUGUGA